UGAAACUGAGAGGAAGGUCCACAGGAAAAAUCACUCCCUCACGGCGAAAAAAAAAAUAUAUUGUUGCUCGUCCAGUGGUGACCGAGUGCUGACGACCGUAAUGACCUUCAAGUGAAUAUUUCUAAUAAUAAUCGUGAAAACCGUGGGCCGCGAACAAUUGAUCCCUGUGUACCCGUCGGUGACGUACCUCUCAAAACAUAAACAAACCUAGUGAUAAAUUCAGUGUGAAAAGGUAGAAAUAAAGUUGUUGAAGUUUGAGGUGUGUGUCGUGACCCGGCGAAAGUGAAUCGGUGUGAUAAGAACGGUUUCGAGGGUAACGUCGGGCUCGAGGGCUGGUUAUCCAGUCAUUCAGACAAACGGAUGGUGAUAAGUUAUCGUUGAGGAGGAUUGUUUGGACAUUGGGGCAACGGGUAAGCCUUUAUUUGGCUCAACGGCCUCACCACGCGCUCCGACGAGUGGAGCGGUCUCCUGCCCAGCUCCACUAUCGUGGGUGCUGGGGGGUCACCAUGGUUGGGAUUGGGUGCUGGUGGUGGCGCCGGAGCAACAACUGGCGGUGGAAGUCCUGUCGAGCUCGAAGGACACUGGGGAAGAAAAUUGUACGGUGCAAGUGUUGCACCACCACCACCACCACCUCAUCAUCAUCCCCGUGCACCACUUGUUUUUGCACCCCAGGACAUGAGGCAAAUACUCAAGGAGGAACCUGUACCACGUGCUUGGCCACAACCUGCUCUUGCUGACACGGCGUCGGUUGGUGUCGGUAGGGCGCACUUCGAGAAGCAACCACCUAGCAAUUUGAGAAAAAGUAAUUUCUUCCACUUUGUCAUUGCCCUGUACGACAGAGGUGGCCAACCAAUCGAGAUCGAGAGGACAGCCUUCAUCGGAUUCGUCGAAAAAGACCAGGAAUCGGAGGGACAGAAAACUAACAAUGGAAUCCAGUACAGACUGCAAUUGCUCUAUGCCAAUGGUCACCGUCAGGAGCAGGAUAUUUACGUCAGACUCAUUGAUUCGUCUACGAAACAGGCGAUAAUGUACGAGGGACAGGACAAAAAUCCAGAGAUGUGCCGAGUACUUCUGACCCACGAAGUCAUGUGCAGUCGAUGCUGCGACAAGAAGAGCUGUGGAAACAGAAACGAGACACCCAGUGAUCCCGUGAUCAUCGACCGAUUUUUCCUCAAGUUUUUCCUCAAGUGCAAUCAAAAUUGUUUGAAAAACGCGGGCAAUCCCCGGGACAUGCGACGAUUUCAGGUCGUGAUAUCGACGCAAGUCGUCGUUGACGGACCUUUACUGGCCAUCUCCGACAACAUGUUCGUACAUAACAACAGUAAACAUGGACGACGAGCAAAACGCCUAGACCCCAGCGAUCACGGCGAAUACAACAGUUUGUAUCCAGCCUUGCCACUGCAGACCCCUUGUAUAAAAGCGAUAUCCCCGAGUGAGGGGUGGACAACGGGUGGAUCCACUGUGAUAAUAAUCGGUGAACACUUCUUCGACGGUCUCCAAGUUGUCUUCGGUACAAUGCUCGUCUGGAGUGAAUUAAUAACAGAUCAUGCAAUAAGAGUUCAAACCCCACCACGACAAAUACCAGGAGUAGUGGAAGUGACGUUGUCCUACAAGAGUAAACAAUUCUGCAAGGGCUCCCCCGGUAGAUUCGUCUAUGUCUCUAUGAACGAGCCGACGAUCGAGUGGGGAUUCUCGAGGUUGCAGAAGCUCAUCCCACGGCAUCCGGGUGACCCGGAGAAGCUACCCAAGGAGAUAAUCCUGAAGAGAGCUGCUGAUUUGGCGGAAGCGUUGUACAGUAUGCCAAGGGCUGGUAACACAGCGAUAUCAGGCGCACCCAGGAGUCCGGGAUCCUCGAGUCAUCCACCUGCACCACCUACAUCUGCUUCCAGUACAGCUUUCAAUUCUUAUACCGGUCAGCUGGCUGUCACGGUACAGGAGAAUGGCAGUGCUGCCAAGUGGACGGACGACGGUGGUUCAGUGAGUGCGGGUGGAGGUGGAGGUGGUGGUAGCAGUGUGGGCGGCAGUGCCGACACAUACAGACAGAGCAGUAGCGCAAGUCCACGUGGUGUUGUUAGUGGUGGUUACUGCGGUAGUUCAGCAAGUACACCGCACAGUCACAGUACGAGUGGCAGUUACUCAGUAGCCAAUCCAUACACCGGCAGUCCAACCCUUUAUACAUCACGGCUAGGAGACGUAGUUGGUUCAACAUUCAACAUGAAUCCAUUUAUGUUGCCAACGUGCAGCCAGGGUUACACGAGUGCAUCGAGUCCACUCCUAGCUGCUAACAGCAAAUAGUACGAUGAUUCAUCGUGCCCCGAUACCGAUGGGAGCCACUGAGAAUCUCAUACUCGAUACCAGACGAUAACUUGGAUCUAUUGCUGGUGAACUUUACAAAACGACCACCCAGUUGUCAACCAGUUUUGAUGGAAAAUCAUCCAACGCCACUUGGACGUCAUCGCAACUCACAUAACCGUGAGAAACCGAUCAAUCGGCUGUGGAUUAUCUUUUUUUUUUCUUUCUGUCUUUACGUUGCCCUCCAUUUGUGCGUCCGUAAGACUAGUGAUUUGAUUUUUAUUUUUUUUUUGGUUAUUAGUGAAAUAUAUUUGAUUCGAGUGAGGAAUUCAUAAACAUAUCGCAAAAUGGGAACAGGUAUGCGUGGAAAUAGUGGACGUGGUAUCAGUUGUUUUUCCUUUUUCACGGUGGACCUUCGUCUUUUGUGACGUCCGAUCAAUUUAUGCGACUAUUCCCCGGCGUCCACUCGCUUCGGCUUUAUGAAAAUACCAGACAUUUUCUUAAAAGCGUUACGGUGUACGUCUGUAUAUCGUAUCUCCAAAAGUCUACUUGGACGAACUAGAGUGCCGUUGAAGGGACCGAAGGCGAAACUUCAAUAUUUUAUAUGCCAUCCCCACCCUCCGCCGGGAUCGCAGAGUUACGGGGGUGUAGUAGGAGUUUUUUUUUUCAUGGAGUAUUAAGGACAGAAAGGAAAUGUCAGACCCACUAGACAGACAUAUCGCAUAUCAAUAAGAAAACUCCAGUUUUUUCAGGUGGGAAAAAAUGUGAGAGAAUUUUCUACCCAUCCCUUUCUCCAAUUAUCGGAUACUGUCAUUAAAUUACCAGUGUAAUUUGUAUAUUAUUUGUAAAUAUUGUUGCAAUGUACAAAUGAAUUAAUAAAAUUAUUAAUAAAGUAUUCCUACAUAGGGAUCCAACGAAGGGGGAGGAAAUAUUAGUUUAGAAAGAUUGUAGAUUAAUGGUUACAGAUGAGAUUAAAAGACAUGCCGGAAAAAAUUUUUGAGGAAAAGCUAGACUAGACUUGUCUAUGGAAUUCUCACUGACUCGUAUUCCAUAGAAUUGUCCGGGUAAUUAUCUAGUGUUUCUAGAAAAUUUUUUGAUGCGUGCCAAUUUUGUAAAUAAUCUUAGAACGCCCGUAGGACGUCCGAACAUUGCUGUACAGAUUCCGCCCUUGAACUUUCAACGAACGACAUUACCAUUGACUUAUGUAUCAUCGAGUGAAUAAAUAUCAGCUCGUAAUUGGAAGUUCGAGGGCUGAAUCCAAAGUAUCGGAUUAUGAAGAGAAAUAUAGUUGAAAUUGUUUAAUAAACCGGUCCGAAUCGAAUUUCUUCACCGACUCACGAAAGUAUACGACGCAGAAUAAUAAAUCUUGGUGCACCAGUCACAACAGUCGAUGAAAAUUCUCAAUAAAACCGAUCGAUUAUCAUUGAAAAUUCAUGGCUAACUGUUCGUUUUUGCAUAUCGUUGAUGGCGAGUGAAUUAUCACAAUAAAAAAAAAAACAAAAAGCAAAAGACAAAAUGACUAAAGUCAUUGUGAUUUUAUUGUAUUAACUGUAUUGCAUCGGAUUCCAAUCAUAUUUAUUUCAUUUCACAUGAAUUUUUCUUGUUCUUGUAUUAAUUACAAUACACACUCGUCGAUGUAUAUCAAUAUUAAUUAAACUUACAAUUUUUGAGAAUCAAAACUUUGUCGUCAUU